UAAGCUGUCAAUUUCUACACGUUCAAGAUAUAAAAAUCUUAUUAUCAAACCUAUAAAUCAUCAAUCAAAUCAUCAUCAGUCACAAUUUAAAACUAGAACAAGUUAGUACUCAAUGACAAGCAUUAUACAAACUUGAGUUAUUUACUUAGUUAAUAUAUAUAUAUUUAACUAAAAUAUGAGUUGAUUAAAAUGAGUAAAUACUAAAUAGUGUUUAUGGCCUUGUUAUUAAUUCUAAGAAUAGCCCCCAGAUUAAACUCUAUAAGACAAUAUAAUACGACAAAUUAAGCAUCUUUUAAACUGACGCAGUGAAAAUUUAUAAUUCAUGUGUUGGUGCACUGCGAACCGAGUAAGAAGAUAUAAAAUAUAAAUGCCCAGGACCAGUAUACUUUUGACGACACGGCUCUCAUUAGGCCACGCAGAUUUUUCAUCAUACGACGCUGCUGCUGCUGCUGCUGUUGCUGCUACGACGCUGCUGGUUUACCUAUACUCCACCACCUUGGUAUAGGUUGCGAAAUUAAAUUACUUUUGGAUGGUAAAAGUAAUCAGUUUUGCAACUUAUUGAAAAAAAGUUUGGUGUUGGAAUAAGAAAUUUAAGAAAAUUAUAAAGGUUAAACUCUGAAAAUGGAGAAUAAUACCAUGGACCUGUUUUGCGGCUCAACAUUUUGGGAUUUAAAUGUGACUUGGAAUACCACGGAUCCAGAUUUGACUCCGUGUUUUCAAAAUACUGUGCUGGUAUGGUCGCCAUGUAUUUUUCUCUGGACAUUUUCAUUGCUAGAGGCGUACUAUCUGAUAAACAGUAAACGAAAAAAUAUUCCUUAUACAUGGAAAUUUAUUUCAAAAGGUGUACUUACUGCUGUUCUAAUUGUACUUAGUAUUGUUGAUUUAUCAGUUGCAAUACAUAACAGUAAUUACACGACAGUUUUUAAUGUUGACUAUUAUACACCGUUUAUCAAGAUCAUAACUUUUGGAUUAGCAUUAUUAUUACUGCACUAUAAUCGAAAAUGCGGAAUGCGAACUUCUGGAUUAUUGUUUCUGUUUUGGUUUUUGUUAGCUUUAUGUGGUGCCGUACAAUUCAGAAGUAUUAUCAGAGAUUAUAAGGAUCAACCUGAGCUGCCUUACUCUUUUGGAUCAUACUUUGUAUAUUAUCCAAUAGUCUUGAUACUGUUUUUGCUCAAUUUUCUUGUGGAUGCAGAGCCAAAAUUUUCGCGAUACGGACAGGUAGACAGGCCAUGCCCGGAACAAUCUGCAUCAUAUCCGUCAAAAAUUUUGUUCGGAUGGUUUGAUUCCCUAGCGUGGAAGGGUUUCAAAAAGCCUUUGACUACCUCUGAUUUGUGGUCCAUGAAUCCGGAGGAUACAGCUUCGGAAAUUGUGCCAAAAUUCAAUAAAUACUGGACGAGAAAUUUAAAAAAAUGUGACAAGCUAUGUUGUAAUUACUGUUGCAGUCAAGGUACGAAGGCGUCAUUUCGAAAAGCCUCCGGCCAAGUUGAUUUCAAUAGUACCCGCAAGAAAAAAGUAGCUUCUGUAAUUAUACCUCUGUACAGAAUAUUUGGUCCAACAUUUUUUUUUGGUGCGUUACUUAAACUGUCACAAGAUAUCAUGACAUUUAUCAGUCCUCAAGUUUUAGGAUUACUUAUAAAUUUUAUUAAUUCAAAGGAUGAAGCUCAAUGGAAAGGUUAUUUCUAUUCAGUUCUCCUUUUACUGACUGCGACAUUUCAAACAUUAGUCCUGUCACAGUACUUCAAUCGAAUGUUUAUCGUCGGCAUGCGAAUGCGCACUGCUCUUGUUGCGGCAAUUUAUCGUAAAGCUCUUAGAAUGUCUAAUGCCGCACGUAAAGAGUCAACAGUUGGUGAAAUAGUCAAUUUAAUGUCUGUGGAUGCGCAACGAUUCAUGGACUUGAUGCCUUACAUAAACAUGAUAUGGUCGGCACCAUUACAAAUUGGAUUGGCUUUAUAUUUUCUGUGGUAUGAACUUGAAGUGGCUGUUUUUGCCGGUCUAGCUGUUAUGAUAUUCCUUAUUCCAAUCAAUGCUGUUAUUGCCAAUAAAGUAAAGACACUGCAGAUCCGACAGAUGAAAAGCAAAGACGAACGAGUUAAACUGAUGAAUGAAGUAUUAAAUGGCAUUAAAGUACUUAAAUUGUACGCUUGGGAGCCGUCGUUUGAGCAGCAAAUUUUAAAAAUACGAAACAAGGAAAUAAAAGUACUUAAAGAGGCGGCUUAUCUUAACGCUGGAACGAGUUUUGUAUGGUCUUGUGCACCAUUUUUAGUUUCCUUUGUUUCAUUCGCAACGUUCGUCUACAUAAGUGACGACAACAUUUUAGAUAGCAAAAAAGCUUUUGUUUCUUUAAGUUUAUUCAAUAUUCUUCGGUUUCCACUGUCCAUGUUGCCUAUGGUUAUAAGUAAUGUCGUACAAGCGAUGGUUUCUAUUAAGCGAAUAAAUUCAUACAUGAAUGGUGAAGAGUUGGACCCAAAUAAUGUUCAACAUGACCAGUCGGAGUUACAUCCACUGAUAAUUGAAAAUGGAACUUUCGCGUGGGGCCCAGAGUCAUUGGAAAAACCUACGCUUAAAAAUAUUAAUAUGCAAGUCCAUCAUGGACAGUUGGUAGCUGUUGUAGGAACAGUUGGUUCAGGCAAGAGUUCACUGAUCUCAGCUUUCUUCGGAGAAAUGGAUCGAAUCAGCGGAAGAGUUAAUACCAAAGGAUCAAUAGCUUACGUCGCUCAGCAAGCAUGGAUUCAAAAUGCCACAUUGCAAGACAAUAUUCUAUUUGGUAAGUCCCUGGAUAAAGCUCUCUACGCCAAGGUGAUUGAUGCAUGUGCCCUUGGCCUUGAUAUUAAAAUGCUACCUGCAGGAGAUCAAACGGAAAUUGGUGAGAAAGGAAUAAAUUUGUCUGGUGGUCAAAAACAAAGAGUUGCACUUGCUCGGGCAGUUUACACUGACUGCGAUGUUUACUUCCUGGAUGAUCCUCUGAGUGCUGUUGAUUCACACGUCGGAAAGCAUAUUUUUGAAAACGUUGUGGGUCCCAAUGGUUUGCUAAAAAAGAAAACACGUGUACUUGUAACUCAUGGUAUCACUUAUUUGCCGGACGUUGAUAACAUUUUUGUGCUAAAAGAUGGAGAGAUUACGGAAAAUGGGACGUACAAACAACUGAUGGAAAAACGAGGUGCGUUUGCUGAUUUUCUUAUUCACCAUCUGCAAGAAGUUAAACCUGAAGAUGAAGCUGUACCUGAGUUGACAGAGAUAAAACAACAGCUUGAGUCAACUAUCGGAUCAGAAGAACUUCAACAAAAAUUGACGAAAGCAAGAUCUAGGCUAUCUAUGACUCAUAGUGAGUCUGGAUCUAUUGAUCAAAAAUCUUUGAAUGGUUCUUUACAUAGGCAACAAUCGAUAGAUAGCCAAAAAUCUGUCAAUUUGAUGAGAAGUACCAGCAUUAAGGAAAAUUCACUUCCAAUUAAAGGAGAAAAAAUUAUCGAAGCUGAAAAAACAGAAACAGGAAGUGUAAAAUUACGUGUUUAUGCUCAUUACUUGAAAUCAAUUGGUUGGUUUUUGUCAGUGUCAACAAUAGUAAUGAACGCUGUAUUUCAAUCAUUCAGUAUUGGAUCGAAUAUCUGGGUCAGUAAAUGGUCUGACGAUACCGAAAUGUUGGUCAAUGGAACACUUGAUAAAGUUAAAAGAGAUACGUAUGUCGGUGUAUACGGUGCGCUAGGUAUAGGUCAAGUCUUAUCGGUGGUAUUCUCAUCAAUGUUUAUAUACGUUGGUACUCUAAGAUCAUCCUCAUCACUGAUGCGUGAAGCUUUAUACAACAUAAUGCGUGGUCCCAUGUCUUUCUUCGAUACGGUACCCACCGGACGAAUACUAAGCCGUUUCGGUGCCGAUGUAGACAUCAUGGAUUCAAAACUACCCUUAUCCAUUGUACAGUGCCUACCCUGUUGUUUGAGGGUCAUUGCUACACUUGUAGUAAUAAGUUACAGUACACCAAUAUUUAUAGCGAUCAUAGUACCCAUUGGUGUUCUAUAUUACUUUAUCCAACGUUUUUACGUUGCGACUUCACGUCAAUUGAAACGAUUAGAAUCUGUUUCUAGAUCGCCAAUAUAUUCUCAUUUUGGAGAAUCUAUCACAGGUGCCCAAACAAUACGAGCAUUUAAUGUACAAGAAAGGUUCAUCUACGAAUCUGAACGUCGAGUUGAUUUUAAUCAAAUGUGUUACUUCCCAGGUAUUAUAAGUAACCGAUGGUUGGCAGUGAGAUUAGAAAUGGUCGGCAAUAUGAUAAUAUUUUUUGCGGCAAUGUUCUCAGUAGCUGGCCGAGAUUCUCUGAGUGCCGGUCUUGUGGGUUUGUCAGUAAGUUACGCACUUCAGAUAACGCAGACAUUAAACUGGCUUGUAAGGAUGACAUCAGACGUCGAGACAAAUAUAGUGGCUGUGGAAAGGAUAAAAGAGUAUGGUGAAACGCCACAAGAAGCUCCAUGGGAAAUUCCCAGUACAGCCCCACCGAAAGAUUGGCCUUCAGAAGGCCGCGUCGAAUUCCGUGACUACAAAGUUCGCUAUCGAGAGGGCCUCGAUCUUGUACUCAACGGUCUCAGUUUCAGUGUCAACGGUGGAGAAAAAGUAGGAAUCGUUGGGCGAACUGGAGCUGGAAAAUCCUCGUUGACAUUGUCGUUGUUCAGAAUAAUCGAAGCCGCCGAAGGAAAAAUAUUCAUAGACGGCAUCGACAUAUCAGAACUUGGUCUCCAUGCUUUGAGAGCGAGGCUGACAAUUAUUCCUCAAGAUCCAGUCCUCUUCUCAGGCACUCUGCGUCUCAAUUUAGAUCCAUUUGAUGUACACACUGAUGAGCAGAUUUGGCAAGCACUUGAGCACGCUCACCUUAAAGCGUUUGCUAAAACUCUGCCUAAUGGUCUUAUGUACUUAGUAUCUGAGGGUGGUGAUAACUUGAGUGUGGGCCAGCGACAAUUGAUCUGUUUGGCAAGAGCGUUACUGAGAAAAACUAAAAUUCUUAUCCUCGAUGAGGCUACUGCUGCUGUAGAUUUAGAGACAGAUGAUCUUAUUCAGCGGACGAUACGAGAAGAAUUUAAAGAUUGUACAGUUCUUACGAUUGCUCAUAGGCUUAACACAAUCCUUGAUUCUGAUAGGGUCAUUGUUCUAGAUAAGGGAGUAAUAACGGAGUUUGAUAAGCCUGAGAAUUUACUUCAAAAACCAACGAGCGCUUUUUACAGUAUGGCUAAGGACUCUGGAAUCGUUGCGUAGUUUAACAAUUUAUAAUAAUUAAAAUUAUUUAAAUCUCAUCAUUUAUUUAAUUAAUUUUAUUUUUUAUAAAUUGAUGUUAAUUUUGAACUUAAAAGCGCACAGUGUAUUUCUUCACGGCGUUCGUGAAAAAUUCCAUAUCUUACACAGCAAAUGAAGAAAACAAUUUAAAACAACUUGGCUCGCAACUUUUAAAAUACUAAAUCGAAAAUUUUGAUUAUAUUCAGUAAUUUAUAAUUAAAAUAUUUAACCUGAGCCAUUUAAAUUCAGUAAAUUCAAUCGCUACCAACUCAGUUAUUAUAUGAAAUACUGCCAGUUAACCAAUUGUUGUUUUAUGAUUUAAUUAUUAAGAUUUACAGAUUAUUUUCUUUGUUUAAUUUUUCUAUUAAUAUUAUUUUAAGUGUCUUUUAUUGCCGAAUGUGAUUGAUUUUAUAUUUAUUUGUCAUUUGUAUACUUAAUUUUGUUUAAAUAGGAGAUAAAUAUUAACAAAAUAUCACAAACUAAGAAUAGAUUUAUGUCAUAAAUUUUGUUACAUUUUGGUAUAGUGUAAAUUAUUACAAUGCACCUUUUGCCUUUUAUCAAGUGAUGAUAUAAGAAUUUUUAAGUACAAUCUAGUAAUAAUUACAAUUUUAUCUACUUAAUCAAUUUAAACAAAAAUAAAAUUUCAAACGAAUUACUACAAUAAUAAUAAUUAUUAUUAUCAUUAAUAAAAUUAUAAUAAUAGGUAUUAGGUAAAUUAUAUGAUUAAUUAACUUGAUAAGUUGCGAAAAAUUAAAGUAGAAUUUAUUAAUUAAUUAUUAUUUAUCACGUUAUCAGAAGCUUGAAAAAAUCUAAUACACGUUAUAUUUUAUUUGACACAGAAGUUUUAUGCAAACUAGCAAUAAAAACAAAAGAUAAACAAUAUUUGUACCUAAUAUUACGUACUUACCGUGUGGCUAAGUACUUUUAAUUACCAAUUUACGAAAUAAUACAUCACUAUAUAUGAGCUCAUAUUUUAUUUUUCGGUAAUAAAAGAAUAAAAAUAAUCCAAUAAAAAAAAAUAAUAAAACAAAGUAGUUAAAUUUUAAAGAAAUAACCCAAUAAACCAUAUUUGGAAGCUCAUCAGUUGAUUUUAGAUAUUUUUUUUUCACUUUAUUGCAAUUCAACGUUUGACAAAGCAUUUUUUAAUUUAUUACACUUAUUACAAUUCUUUUUUAUGUACUUUCUCACCAAAAUUCACACAAAUUGAAAUCAUUUACCUACUUUCAAAUAUAGACUAAUUGUUCGUAUUAUUUUAGUAUAGAAUAUUUUUAUUUAUUAAUCGUUAUUAUUUUUUAUUAUUUAUAUACUUUAUUUGUGUAAAAAUCAACGUCUUAUACUUAAUCAUAAACAUAUUCGUUUGGGAAUUAAUGGGUACUCGUUAAAAGAAUACUCUGGCAGACGCAUAAUGACAUACCCGAUGCUAUUAUUUAAUUAAAUUUAUUUAAAAAAACGAACAAAAA